AUGGUGUCAUCUCCAUCGCAAACACUCGUCGGCCUUCCUGACGAUGUCUUGUGCGAAAUGUACAAUGUACUCGCGGAGAUUGAUCCUCCUCGCGCUGCCGGUCGAAACGUUCGGCGCGACAUGAACCACAACACUCUAGGGUGGAUCAAACUCACGCAUGUGAACCGGCGCCUGCGCGGAUUGGGACUCAAUCUCGCCACUCUCUGGGGACGUGUCCUAUGCCUGCUCCCUCGAGGAUGUGAGGAGAUCCUCGAGCGAUCCCAGAACGCGGCCCUCGUGCUGCACCUCGGGCCAGUCAGCUACACGACCCCCGGAGAUUUCUUUGAAAUGCUUCCCAUUUUCGACAUUCUCCCCCGCGCAUAUAGCAUCACGGAUCAGCUGUCGAACGAGCAUCCUCUACCUCGAAGAGAGUGGUGGUUGUCGUCGUCUUUGGACAACUUGCGGCACCUCGAUCUGAACGCCAUGAGCCUACCUAUGCAUACACUAGAAGAUCGGGGUCGCAUCGUUGCUCCCGCUCUAUGUACCUACAGAGCAGCCUUUGUCUUCGUUCCCUUCACAGCUCCUUUGCUUCGCAAUCUCCACCUUUCAUAUACAGCGCUGACGUGGAUACAACUGCUGGACAUCUUUUGCGCCUGUCCCUUGCUAGCAGCGAUCCAUGUCAUAGGGUUGCGAAACGCUGCGCCAUCGACGCGGCCCACCGUUGUAUCCCUUCCACACUUGCAACAUCUUGCCAUGUCUACCCAAGGUCAUCAGGAUAUUCUCAACCUCAUGGACCAUCUCCGAUUCCCAGAAUCUGCCAACUGCUCUUUCGACAUGUGGGAUGAAGACUCCGAUAAUAUGUCAAACUUUAUACGUUCCUGUCUCACUCGACGUCAGCUCGAGUACUCUCCUCGAAACGCCCUGAGUAUCACGACAUGGAGAGAUCCCGCGGCAGUCCCCGAGGAGAGCGGACUUGAAAGCGGGUUCCGUAUCUCUCUCACAGAGGCUUGCAAUGAAGCAUCUUCCCGUUACGGAACAGCACCCACCGACGGCGGACUACGAUUGGAGACUAUACUUGACACGAGCAACGAACUACAGCUCGUCAACGCGCUUACACAUCUGUCGCCCGGCGCCUUGCGGUCAAUUGAUACCGUCGCGUUCUACGCGGGGAUCGUACUUGACCCACCAUAUGACAAUUGGCACGAUCCCCUCGCGACAUCAGUAGAUGCGUUUGCUAGUGUGUGGCGCGCUGCACGCGCACUGCUGAGAGUAGAGACGGUCUACUUUAGCGACAUUGGACAGCGGUCGAUGUCCCUGCUUAUGCCUCACCCUGAAUGGACGGAGUCUACAGAAGGGUCCACGCCGGACGCGUGUAUCGCGUUCCCCGCUCUUCGCUCGAUUGUGGUCAGCAGCAAGUACAGGGCGCCUUCUGAAGUUUGGAGUGUUUUGUUGGAAGUAGUCGAGAGGCGUCGGGAGAUCGGGCGACCUGUUAAGCACGUCGUCCUGGUAGGGAAUGGACCAUGCCACACUGUCGGAAAUCAAGCGGAUGUUGAGACCAGUCACCAUGACGAUCGAGGUCGAGACGAUUGGAAAGCCAUUGUCAAGGAAGACAGGUCGUGGGACGCUUUGCAAUCUGGUGACGUAGAGGUUUUCGACUUGCGCGCAAAGGUCUGCCGCUGCCGUACCUGUAGUCUAUCGCAAUCAUGA